AAGCUCUAAACGAGCCGGUGAAAAAGUGAAGCACGCAGGAAUGAGUGUUUGAAUCCGGCUGCAGGGCUCAGGCUGGCGGAGACCAUGAGAGGAAGAGCUCAGCGCAAGGUAGGACUGAGUGAACACGCAGUCUGAGCUUCCACUGUCAGUAAAGUGCAGAGACAGGUGUGAGGCUUCACACGCACAAACAUGAGGGGCGUUCACCCGUGGUUACUGUGACCGGCAGGUGGUGACGUCAGGAAGGCUGACGGGAGCAGUCAGAGGGGGUCUAGCCACCUUAAAUCCAGGAACAGCUCCCUGCCCUGAGCCGGCCUACUCUCUGUACUCUACCGACUCCGAGGACCAGGUCAUCAGUCUGCACAAGGGUCUGGACCGCUGUGCUGCCCUGCUCAGUGGGAUCCUUCAGGCUGAUGAGGCAGGCUUCACAGAACAGUAAGCAGUGUAGCAGUCAAACCAAGGCUAUCCACAUCAAUGGGGAAAAAGAGCUCGAAGAAAGGGCCUCCAAAGGCAGGCCAGAAGAGCGUGUCAGGCCAGCGUGGAUCGGACAGCAGAACUCCACGAGGACACCCAUCUGCCCGUCCUGCACCACAUUCAGGAGUGAAGCUACAUCCACCUCAGAAACGAUGUCCCACCCAGCUGCAGUCUCACUUACUUUCAGCACACGACCAAACACCUCGGCUUCUUCCUCACACCGUCAGUCCACCCCAGCACAAGGCGUCCAUCCUUCUGUCUGUGCGUCAGUCCUCCUCUCUCUCGAGCCAUCAGACUGCCUGCCGGCCUGACUCUGAAACGCCUCACACUACGUGUGAUGAAGCACAAGAGUUUGUUCCUGUGAGAGACACAAACACCCAGAGCCCCAGCACACACACUCUCACACAUGCACAUGGAGACAGCUGCAGUAUGAAGAUGGCACACUUACAGCUGGAGCCUGGACAGGCUGAGGAGAGCAACACUGAGGCACAAACAAAAGCUCACAAGCUUCAGUAUCUAUUCGCACAACUCAAGGCUCUGAUUGCUGGACAAGGCAGUGUAGCAGAGAGCCUACUCAGUCAUCUGGAGCAGACUGUGUCCCCAGCACAGAUGAAUAUUAGUGCUUCAAACACCCAGAGUGUGUCCGACCUGCACAGGUGUGUGAGGAUCCUGGACCAGCAGCCAGAGACGGAGAGACAUCAGAACCAGGCGAUACUCUGGCAGAGACUUCAGAAAGAGCUCACUGCUGCUCAGUCCAGGCUGCAGGAACUCCAAGAUGACCUGACGGACCUACGGAAAACCCUGCAGGACACACAGAGCCAGCUGAGAGACCGAGAGGCUGAAACUGCACUCGUUAAGAUGGAGCUGGAGGCCAGUAAGAGUAGGUUACUGGACAGUGAGCGGGAGAAGAGUAAGCUGGCCUCGCUGGCACAGCAAAGGCUGAAGGAGAUGCAACACCUUAAAAGUCUCCUCUCAUCAGAUUAUCCUGCUGUUGUUGACAGCUCUGUGUCAGAGACAAGCCAACACCAGCACAGACGGGAUCCGCCAGCGCCCCCUACUGACCAUAUCGCCCAAUACCUGGAGUCUCUUAGCCAGAUGGCGCCUGUGCAGUGUGUGGAUGCAGAGAGAGAUUCAGACUCAGCAUCACAUCUAGACAUCACCGCUCAGAGGAGUGAAGAUCCUGCAGGGACUCGGCACGAGUCUAAUCGUGAGCGGUCCACUGGUCCAGGUGAAGCCCUGCGGCCAGAGGACGCUCGCAGGCAGCUGUUUAACUCCACGCUGUCCCAGAGUGAAACAGAGUCUGUGUGGUCUGAUUUGACCUUUGACACCAGAGACGAAGCAGCGUUCAGAGACGGUCUGGCAGCUUUAGAUGCUAGCAUAGCCAGUCUGCAGAAGACUAUUAAGCUGGACCUGAGGAGGUGACCGUGCUGGUCUUUGUAUUCAUCCAUGUUUGGGCCUUGUUGAUGAACUGUUCUGUAAAGUGUUGAAGAUUUGGAAUAAAGCUGUUUUUAUGAA